AUGUCACGCACGUCACAAAUACUCCGCCUUGUGUCGGAGCCAAAGAACGAACUACAAAAAAAUGCAAUCGCUUUGGCAAGGAGAAAGGAAUUGGAGACAUACCAACGUGCGCUGGACAUUCAAUGGCUGAACAGUCGGAUGGACGACAGCCACAUCGGCAGACAUCUCGCACAGAUAAAUCAAGAGGCUGAAAUGGAGAGAGAUUUUCAAGAAAGAACAGAUCAUUCAGCAUUGGUGAAUGCUAGAACACAAAAAGAGAUUGCGUUGGCUAGUGAAAUAGCUAAGCAUAGUCAAGAGGAGAUUUGUCAGCUGCAGCGUAGACAUUACCUUAGAGAACGGGACCCUGAGCUUAGAACACUGCUGCGAAAAUUGCAGAAUGGCUAUGUUUGUAAGGACUUGAAGCAGCAGAUACUGCAUAAUCAGUACAAGCGACUGCAGGAUGAAGCAGAAGAAAGAAGACAAAAUAUAAUUUUAAUGAGUGCAUUAGCUAUUGAUGCUGAAGCAGUAAAAAGAGAAGAGAAAGAGGCAAUGGAGAGGAAAGCCAAACUCCUUCUAGAAAUGCAGCAGCAGCUGGUCGACAGGCAGAGAGUGAAGCAGUGCCAGUUUGAGGAGACACUAAUUGAAAAGAAGAUGCUAGAAGAAGUUAUGAAAACAAUAGCCGAUGAAGACCACAGAGAAUUGCAGCAGAAACGUGAACUGGCUGUAAAGUUAAACAAGGAGAUAGAGAUGUUCAAGAAAGCUCGAGAAGCAUGGAAGGAGAAGCAGAAAAAACUCCUUGUGAUUGAGGAGAGGAACAUUGAGAAUCAGAUAAAACAAGCCGGAGACAGAAGUACAGCCAUAGUUGCAGAAAGAGAGAGAAAGUUUCGAGAAAGGGAGAUGCUGAAUGAAAAAAUUGCAGCGAAAAUUAUAGCGGAUAGAGCUGCGAUUCUCGAACGUGAAGAUAUAGUGAGAAGUCUCCAGGAGCAGGAGUACUUGGAGAAGAACAUAGAAGAAGACAUAGCUGAGGCGAGCAAAGCGGCGAGCAACAAACGAGAUACUGAAGCUGCACUCUCGCUGCAGAUUCAACUCCGCAGACAACAGGCGCUGCAACAAGUAGAGAAAGAGGCACAAUUCAGGAGACAGUCUGAAGCGGACAUGGAGGCUCUGAAGCAGAAAGACUUGGAGAAGGAGCGACAGUUGAAAGAGAAGAAGCGUCAAUACGCGCUGGAGUUGAAGCAGCAGAUGUCGGAGGACGCCAGAAGACGACAGCAACAGAAGCAGCAAGAGGAAGAAGAGGCCAAAUAUGUGUUUGAUACUGAGAAGGCUUGGUUAUCGGAGACAGCGGAGGAGCGCAGGCGCAUAGUGUCAGCGCACGCGCCGCAAGUGCUGGGAUACUUGCAGCCCGGCGUCUUGCGCUCUGAGGACCUGCCUCUGCUGCAGCACGCAGCCUCACAACACCCUCAUCUCUGCCAUCUGCAGCUGGACCACAUCUCACAUCACAACAAACCUCUCAGGCGGCCCAAGUGUAACUCGCAGUGUAGAAUACUUAGAGAAUAUUAGUGUGGGCUAGAGGUUUCCAUUGUUGUU